CUCCCCCACCUUCCUUAUCUCAAGAUCUCUUUCUCCAUCUCUAAUUAACUCUGAUAUGGGAAGUAAAAUAGGUCACGUAGCUCCCGGAUUUGGCUUCCUCAUCAUUGGAUUAUGGCACCUCUACAACAAUAUCAAGCUCUUCUCCUACCACCCCAACACCUUUCGUUCUCACUCUUGGUUCCCAUUCCCGAAGUUCCGCCACCUCGAGCUCGUCCUCAUCGCCAUGGGUGGCUGCACUUCCAUAGCCAUGGAACUUUUCAUCGGCCCCUCGCGCCACCAACCUCUCGACGUCGACUUCACCAUCCCUACCAACCACCUGCACAACUUCGAGCACUCUUCAAUCUCCCUUUCUUUCGUCAUCUACGCCGUCUUGGCCAGAGCUUUAGAUCGCGCCGCCCGCCCAGCCGCUGCGCAACCGCUCACUCUUAUUGCAACCACCGCGGCCUUUGGCCAAGAAUUUUUACUGUUUUACCUCCACUCCACUGAUCAUGCGGGGCUGGAGGGACAAUAUCAUUGGCUUCUUCGGAUCGUCAUUGCCGUCUCCUUCGCCACGUCUUUGUUGGGCAUUAGCCACCCCUGCAAUUUUGCGAUCGCGUUCGUUCGUUCCGCCAGCAUUACCUUGCAGGGGAUCUGGUUCAUCUUCCUGGGCUACGCUCUUUGGACGCCAGCGUUCAUCCCCAAGGGCUGCUACAUGCAUGACGAGGACGGCCAUUUCGUCGUCCGCUGCCGGAGCGACGAGGCCCUCUACCGCGCCAAGUCUCUGGCCAACCUCGAAUUCAGCUGGGUUUUCUCCGCCGCCGUCGUCUUCUCAUUCCUCUUUUACCUCUAUUUGAGCAAGAGGUAUGAGAAGGAGCUGGAGUAUGAAUCCAUUGACGUGGAGGAGCCCGAGGAUUCCGAGCUUCGCAAGAAGAUUAACAGUAAGCUUGGCGAAUCUGAUACCUUCGUCUUCAUGGAAAAGGUGAUGAGUGCUGUUUAGUAGAUUACCGAAGAGACAAAUUGUACUGUGAGUUGCUUGCAAUUGUUCUUCUGGUUUUUUUUUUUAGGCAAGUGGAUGAAUGGAUUUUAUGGAUCUUCAAUUUUUAAAUUGUUGAUGGUUUGGUGUACGUUGAUGUGAUUCCAUGUGAAGAUAAUGGAAAUUGAAAAGGUGAAGAUUUGCUUUCGAUCUUGUCGGUCUGAUGAACUUUUG